GGAAUGCCUAUUUGAGGAGGCGGCCCUUCCGCAAUUGGAAAGUUAAAGCUCUUUUAAAAAUAAGCCUUAUAGUCUUGAAUGGAUUCUGGAUAUUCACAGUAAGACGUGUAUGUGUCUCACAUCAGAAAGUAGUCGCUUAGAAAGCAGCUGAACUUUUUGUCCAAUCGCAGCACAGGUCGUGGUUGAAAGGUUAGAAGCUGGAGGCGGGGCCAAGAACAGAAAGAUGGCUAUAGACUGGAUUGGUUUUGGCUAUGCUGCUCUCUUAGCUGUUGGAGGCUACAUGGGAUAUUCUCGCAAAGGAAGCAUAGUAUCUUUGGCUGCAGGCCUUACCUUUGGUUUACUUGCUGGUUAUGGUGCAUACCGUGUGUCAAGUGAUCCAACAGAUAUCAAGAUAUCAUUUAUUGCAGCUUUUACUCUGGCUGUAGUGAUGGGUCUGAGAUACAAUCGUUCUAGGAAAAUAAUGCCUGCUGGGCUUGUUGCAGGUAUCAGCUUAUUCAUGAUCUUGCGACUGAUACUGAAUGUUCUAUAAAGUUCAGAGUCUGCCGGGGAACUUUCUUCACAUCAGUUGGCUCCAUUGAAACUGUAUGGCUACUAGAAUUCCUAUAAAUGCUAACACUGAAUUUGCACUGAUUGUUCUUCUGCCAGAUGUUCAAUGAUUGUGUACAUCAUUUUCUAUUCUCUCUCUUUUUGGUUCUUUCUUAGCAAAGUAUAAAUGUUUAUUAAAUGCAUCCAACCCUUCAUGUCUAAAAUAUGUAUUUGAUAAGCUGGCUAAACACAAGCCUAAAUUAGUUGACAAUUCAGUUACUACAGACCAAGUUGGCCCAUGUGUGGGCCCAAAACAGCUACCCAAAUAUCUUUCAAACUGUUUUAAAUAUUCCAUUUGACAAGGACGACUUUGGGGUUUUGAUGGGGCCCUCCUAUUGGUCUGCAUGAGUUUCAAUUAUAACUAUGAUAGAUGGUAACGGGGCCAAAAAAAUUGGAUGAUUUUGCAUUAUCCCACCACACGGCUGGCAAAGCUCUGCAGAUCUUCAUAUGUAUGGCGAGCUGUAUUCUGACUUUUACCGUUUCUCUUUAAAAAUGGGAAUCUCACUCAUCCUGUUUAUUGUAGGAAAUAGCUCCAGGGUUCCAAAUUUCAGAGAAAUACAAUUGAGGUUGUUUUAAAAUGCUCUACUUUCUUUCUUGCAAAAUUACAGCUGUGGCACAAACAAAAAAAAAGAACAUUGUAGCAGUGGUUUUUGGGCAGUUAUUCAUCCCUUUCUUCAACUGCCAUCAUCACCCCAGAGCAAUGGCAUGUAAGGCUUUUUUGGGAGUUUAAAUAGGUUAAAACAUUGUGCCAAACUGACUACAACUGGCCCCUGUAGACUUGCCUGGAAAUGCAUCACUACAUUUUUCCAGGCAGCUAUUGUUUGACAAGCUUUGUCCCAGCACUACAUGGAGCUUAAAGCUCUCUAGUGCGCUAUGUGCCAUAACCCGAAUACUGCGUCCUUAGACCUAAUCCAAAUUUGGUUUGGCAUUACUGGUCCUUUAACCCCUUUAAUGCCAUAAAACAUGGAAUCAAAAAGACUUCAGCCCUGGACUCUGGUGACUGAUCUACUCCAUGUGUUUACAUGUCAGCAUGUGCCAUAUGGGAAAGUGUUACAUAAAUGACACCCCUUUCUCUUCAUGUUAUUAAUAGUUUUAAUAUCUGCAUUUUUGUCUAACUGCUAAUUUCAUUCGGUUUCAGUGUUCUAUGCAAUUUAUUUUUACAGUCUGAUGCACUUAAGAUCAAGACUUAAUCAGGUUUAAGGGAUCAUUUAGUAAUUAAAACUUACAAAUCCUUUUUAAGUAAACUGUUCCGUUUUGUAACUAAUUUUUUUACUAUUUUGUACAAUUCAUUAAAUUUUCAGCAACUAUGUAUGGAAUACUUAAAUAAAUUACAAGCACCAUGCGA